AUCAACAGCAGCACAAUGGACCGGUAGCAGAAUGGCUGUGACUCCGUGGCAAUUCAAGUUCUUCGAUGUCUCGCAAGUGAAGCUCCCGGACGACGAGAGCGCGUUCCUCGCCGAGGUAUGCCACCCGUAUCCACCGCGAACAGAGCCCUUCUCACCCAUCGCAGCCUGGGAACACUACUUGCAUCGUCUCCGGCUCCGAGAGCAUUUUCAUUGGUAGCGCCGAUGGCGUCGUCCGCAUCCUGUCGCAGGCCUUCAAGGUCGUGCGCGCAUUCCAGGCACACGAUGCCGGCGCAAUCACCUACAUGAAGCAGAUCGAGGGUACGGCGCUGCUCGUCACACUAGCGGAAGACCUUUCCAACGAACCGGUGCUGAAGGUGUGGGCUUUGGACAAGCUAGAGAAGAAGACAGGCAUUCCACGAUGUCAGAGCACACUUCAGAUCCAGAAUGGGCGCAAACAGUUCCCCAUAUCUGCUUUCGCUGCCCUCGACGAUCUAUCACAGCUUGCUGUAGGAUUCGCAAAUGGAGCUGUCACAGUUGUUAGGGGCGACCUCAUCCACGACCGAGGAGCGAGACAGCGGACUGUCUUCGAAUCUGAGGAGCCUAUCACCGGUAUCGAGUUCAGAGAAGGAAACAUCACGACCCUGUACAUCGCCACGACUGCACGUAUCAUGACCCUCGUAAUAUCAGGUCGAGGACAGGGACAGCCUGCGAAAUCCCUGGACGAGUACGGCUGUGGGAGAGAUUGCAUAGCCGUGGAUAAGACCACACGGGACGUCGUUGUUGGGAGGAACGAUGCCAUCUACUAUUAUGGUCAGCAUGGCAGAGGCCCACCAUACACGUAUGAAGGCGAGAAGAAGAAGAUUUCGACAUACAAGGACUAUGUUGUAAUCGUGGCCCCACCAAAGUCAAAUGCAAUGCCUAGGUCGAACCCGUUAAGGACUUUCGGUAUUGGUGCCACCGACGAUGCCUUUAACACGUCGACCUUCACACUACUAAACACUGAGUUGCGAUAUGUAGCGCAUCAGGAACAGUUGACAUCAGAAGUGCAGUACAUUAUAUCUGAGUGGGGUGACCUUUUUGUUUUUACGAUUGAUGGCAAGGUCUUCAGAUAUCACGAAAAGCCAUUUGCACAAAAGCUUGAUAUUCUCUACCAGCGGAAUCUCUACGUCUUGGCGAUAAACCUGGCUCAGAAAGCUGGUCUAGACGCUUCACAGCAGAACGUUAUACUUAGGAAGUUUGGCGACUACCUGUACUCAAAGCAGGACUACGACACAGCUAUGCAGCAGUACCUGAAAGCCAUUGAUAACACCGAGCCUUCGCAGGUUAUACGCAAGUUCUUGGAUACGCAAAGAAUACACAACUUGAUCGAGUACUUGGAGGAGCUUCACGACCACCACAAAGCAACUUCAGAUCACACAACGCUAUUGCUGAAUUGCUACGCGAAGCUCAAGGAUGUUGACAAACUGGAAGAGUUCAUCAAGUCGCCGGAUGACUUGAAGUUCGACCUGGAUACUGCCAUAUCCAUGUGCCGCCAAGGAGGCUACUACGACCAGGCUGCUUUCCUAGCCCGCAAGCAUGGCGAACAUGAGCUUGUAGUUGACGUCCUUAUCGAAGACUCGAAACGAUAUGCGGAAGCGUUAGCUUACAUUUGGCGUCUAGAGCCUGAGGUUGCUUACUUCAAUCUCAUGAAGUAUGCCACUGUUUUGCUCCAACAAAUACCCAAGGACACGACAAAGCUGUUCAUCGACUACUACACAGCGGAUUUCCGGCCCAAAAAGGAUGCCAUUGUAAUACCGAACGCCCCUUCAUCAGGUGGCGGGAUGGGCAUAGGACUUGGUGUGGCCUCAAGCGCGGUACAGAAUCUGGCUGCACUAUUACCGUUGCCAUACAUGAACACUAGUACGCUCGCAUCACCACCUACGGGCGAACAGAAGAGCACAAUGAGCCAGGCGCAAAUCAUCGAACAAGUUUCAGACCAACCUGCACCUGAGUACAAGGUGCCCAAACCACGAACAGCUUUUUCAGCAUUCGUAGACCAUCCCCAGGAAUUCAUCGUGUUCCUCGAGGCCUGUAUCAAGUCUGACAGCCUACGAGAGGACGAUAAGGUUGAUCUCUACACAACAUUGUUCGAGAUGUACUUGCAUACUGCGUCCUCCAAGAAGGACGGCGAGCGACAGGCAUGGGAAAACAAGGCCAAGAAGCUUGUCGAGGGCAAGGAUAUACCCAUUGACACAUCGAACGUCCUGUUGCUUUCUCAUCUCUCCAACUUCCGUGAUGGCGCGAUACUCGUUCGCGAGCAGCAAGGACUCCACUUCGACAUCUUCCGCAGUUAUACCGCUGCAAACGACACACAAGGCGCCAUUCGUGCUCUGCGCAAGUAUGGCCCGGAGGAGCCAGCUCUGUACCCUGCUGCACUUGCUUACUUCACAUCUUCGCCCGAGAUCCUCACCGAAGCCGGGGACGAGCUUGACUCGGUUUUGAAGAAGAUCGACGAAGACGGGCUCAUGGCGCCGCUGCAAGUCAUACAAACCCUCUCAACAAACGGUGUUGCUACAAUGGGCAUGAUCAAAUCCUACCUGAGCACGACCAUUGAGCGCGAACGCGUUGAAAUUGCAACAAACAGGCGCACCAUCGAAACCUUCCGUGCAGAUACGGAAACAAAGAAGACCGAGCUUCAGAAUCUCAAUACGAAACCUGUGGUCUUCCAAGCAGCGCGCUGCAAGGUGUGCAAUAAGGCUUUGGAGUUGCCAGUUGUACAUUUCCUGUGCAAGCACAGCUUCCACCAGAGUUGUCUAAGCACGGAUGAGGAUGUCAGAGAUGCUGAAGUCGAGUGUCCGGUUUGUAGUGGGCAGAAUGCGACGGUCAAGGCAAUUAGACGCGCGCAGAUCGAGAGUGCUGAUAGACAUGAUUUGUUUUCUGAUGCAUUGCGCAGGAGUAGGGAUGGGUUUGCUGUCAUCAGCGAGUGGUUUGGUAGGGGUGUGAUGGGUGUUGAAGGGAAGGACUAGACCCUAGUAUGACAUAGCAGAAUCGGUGUACCUCUGA